AAGAACAGUGGCGUCGCGUGUACAAAAAUGAACUUAUUAUUAUUACGAAUAUUUCUCACAAACUUAUAAAAAAAUAUUUUAUAUUUUUGAGUGGAUUAGUAAAUUGUAAAGAUGAAGAUAUUAUUUUUGUUUGUAAUUGUUUAUUAUUUGAGUUUAGGAAAGGCUUUUGAUGAUAAUGACAUUAAUAUGAUAGUGUCUUUCGUUACACUCGAUGAUAGGGCCACAGCUGUGUUGACACCUUAUGUCUGUUGGAGUGCAUAUGAGCUGACAAAUCUAGCGAAGAGUCUGCGCGAUACUGGAAUCAGUAUAGCGGCAUCACUGCAGCCGAAUAGACCCGAGUUGUUUCUGCAAAACCUCGUCAUAGUGGCAGACUUGAGGUGCAGAGGAACUGAUGACUUCUUGAUCAAGGCCAGCGACGAAGGUUUCUUCAAGUCUCCAUACCGCUGGCUGUUAAUAAGCCAAGACCAAACUGAGCUGAACGUCUUGGAUCAAUUGGCUAUGCUGGUCGAUAGUGACGUCAUUAUAGCGCAACGGAGAGGAGAGGAUUACCAAUACGUUGAAGUUUACAAAAUAAUAGAGAACUCUCAACUAAUCUACAGCACCAGAGCUCUAUGGCGACCCAUAGACAAGAGAAGCAACAACACGGCUAUAAUAACUUACUAUAACAAAUCAAAAGCUGUGGCUAACAAAUAUGGCGUAGUAGAAGAUUAUAGGAAGAGCAAGAUCCUGUCUACUAGGAGAAUGGAUAUAAGGAGGCAUACGUUGACGAUGGUCAAUGUUAUAACUGACAGCAAUGAUACUAGGAAACAUAUGGAUGACAGAUUAAACUUACACCAAGACUCCAUAACAAAGAUGUCAUACAUGGUGGUGAAGAUCUGCUUCGAGAUGAUGAACUCUACGGAGAAGCUGAUAUUCACCAACACCUGGGGUUAUGUGGACAAGAACGGCUCCUGGAACGGCAUUAUAGAGCGGCUCAUCAAGAAAGAAGGGGAUAUCGGAACCUUGACAAUCUUCACCCAAGAGCGCAUGAAGCUCAUCGACUACAUCGCAAUGGUGGGCACCACGGCAGUCCGCUUCGUAUUUCGCGAGCCCCCUCUAGCUUACGUCUCCAACAUCUUUGCCCUCCCUUUUACUGGUGCGGUGUGGCUGGCAGUACUUGUCUGUGUACUAGCGUGUGCCUUGUUCCUGUAUAUCACGUCUAAGUGGGAAGCCACUAUGGGCAUGCAUCCAUUGCAGCUUGACGGAUCGUGGGCGGAUGUGUUGAUUUUGAUAAUUGGAGCUGUGCUUCAGCAAGGCUGUACUCUGGAACCCAGGCGAGCAGCAGGAAGGAUAGUGACUCUAUUACUCUUCAUCGCACUAACAAUAUUGUAUGCCGCAUACUCUGCCAACAUCGUGGUAUUGCUGCGGGCCCCAAGCUCCUCAGUGAGGAGUCUACAGGACAUAUUGAACUCCCCUAUCAAACUGGGCGCCAGUGAUUUCUCCUACAAUAGGUAUUUCUUUAAGAAAUUGAACGAACCUCUUCGCAAAGAAAUCUACAACAAGAAAAUUGCGCCAAAGGGAAAGAAAGCAAACUUUUACACAAUGAAGGAAGGAGUUGAGAAGAUUAGAAAGGGUCUUUUCGCUUUCCACAUGGAACUGAACCCUGGCUACCGUCUCAUCCAAGAGACCUACCAGGAGGAUGAGAAGUGUGACCUCGUGGAAAUAGACUACAUUAAUGAGAUAGACCCCUGGGUGCCUGGACAGAAGCGAUCGCCGUACAAAGACCUGUUUAAGAUCAACUUCAUAAAGAUCCGCGAAUCCGGCAUCCAACACUGCAUCCACCAGCGCCUCCACGUGGGCAAGCCGAGGUGCCUCGGCACAGUCAACACCUUCAGCAGUGUGGGGAUCAUGGACAUGUACUCCGCCAUGCUGGCCACGCUGUACGGCAUGUUCAUGGCACCAGCGGUGCUGCUGCUGGAGAUUGCUUAUAAACGGCUGAUGGUGGCUCGAGAAAAAAGAAUGCAGCACAAUAAUGCACACUUAGUCUACUAAUACUACGUAAAUUAAACUUAAUAAACGACUAAAAGCACUAACUCCUAAGCUCCUUGUAAUGUCGUGAAUACAGUGUUGCCAACUUGGCAUAAAUGAUGCCAGAUCUGGCAUAUUUUCACUCGCUUUGGCACCAAAAUUUUCCAUUUAGCAUCUGGCAUAUUUUUUAGCAUAAUUUAGUCUAAGCCAAAAUUGCACCAACUUGGCAGCAACAAUAUGCGCCAUCGCCUUAUGUGGUUCAUAUUUUCAUAUGAAUCAUGACUUUUGUGGACGGAUGGACGUCAACGGACUAUAUAAAGUUGGUCAAGCAGAUCUUGUCAGUAGAAAAAGGCGGUAAUUUUGAAAAAUGUAUGUGUUUUAAGUGUCUAAUUUCAAGUGAUAUUUUAGCAUUUUUUUAGCAUAGGUGUUUCAAAAAUCUUUGGCAGAAUUUUGGCAUAAUCUAGACAUUAGUCUAGCAUUUUUAUAAUCCGAGUUGGCAACACUGCGUGAAUAAAUUAAGAGGCACUCACAGUCGCUAGUCGUGUAUCAUUUGAGAAUCGGAAUUCAUAACCGAUAAUUAAUUUGUGAAUACCAAACCUGUAAUUAUCGACUUGGUUCUGUUGUUUUGUAGUCACGAUUCAAUAUUUUGAAGGCAAUAAAUAUUGAUAAAAACAUUAAUUGAAAA